UGACGACCAAGUCUUAUGGCCAAAGUCGACGCAGUGAACGAACCCAUCCCCUCUAUGACUUUGAUUUUAGCUUUCCCGGCCUCAAUUGUGGAAUUGAGCGUGAUCUCGAAAUUUGAGUUGGGUUUUCGUAUUUUCAUCUAUCGUUGUCACAUUGAUACCGCUAAUGAAAUGUAUGCUUUGGUGCAUAAGAAAGAGGCUGCACAUGACGAAGGAAUUUGGAGUUGUUCCUGGACCAAUAAAGCCGAAGUAGGUCCAGAAGAAUCUGAUUAUGUAGUUACAGGUGGAAUUGAUGAUGCUGUAAAAGUUUGGGCUUGGAGAAAUGAUCAGCUAGAACUCCGGCAUAGACUGGAGGGCCAUGCAUUAGGGGUAGUUUCUGUUGACACAAGCUUUGAUGGGAAAUUAAUAGCCACAAGUUCCUUGGAUUCCUUUGUUCGUAUUUGGGAACUGCAAAGUGGAGAAAAAAGGCAAACUAUAGAGGCUGGUCCAGUGGAUGUUUGGAGUGUAAUGUUCACACCUGACUCAAAGUACAUUAUCUCUGGUAGUCAUGCUGGCAAAAUCAAUUGGUUUAAUGUAGAAACUGGCAAACUUCAUCAGUCAUAUGAUACACGUGGAAAAUUUACUUUAAGUAUAGCGUGUAGUCCUGAUAUGAAGUUUGUUGCAAGUGGAGCAAUGGAUGGCAUAAUAAAUGUGUUUGACAUCGCUACUGGGAAAUUAGUGCACACGCUGGAAGGACAUGCACUUCCAGUGAGAUCCUUGUGCUUCUCCCAGAAUUCUCAGUUGUUAUUAACAGCUUCAGACGAUGGACAGAUCAAGAUUUAUGACGUGCAACACGCACAACUAGCUGGAACAGUUUCUGGUCAUGGGUCAUGGGUACUCAGUGUUUCAGUUUCUCCUGAUAAUACACGCUUUGUCUCCGGAAGUUCCGAUCGAACAGUAAAAAUUUGGGAUAUGAAGGCGAAGCAAUGCCUUCAUACAUUUACUGACCAUACUGAUCAGGUAUGGAGUGUUUGUUUCAAUGGAGAUGGGGAACACAUCGCAUCAGUUUCUGAUGACAGAUCCAUCAACGUAUACAGCUGCCCAUUAUGAAAUAUACGAUAUUUCCGCCUUGAACAGAUGAACACCAUCAAUAUCUUUUCGAGAAAUUUUAUUGUAACUGAAGAAAAAAAAACCCACGUGUAAUAUUAAACUGAGAUGCGAAUCUGACAACGGUUACACAAGUUCAAGAUAAAA